AUGGUUCACUUGGCUUCAGCCCUCCUAGUGGCCGGCGCGGCGUUCGCCGUGGCUGCGCCCGCGAGCGAGAUCUUCGAGCGCCAGGAAUGCUCGGUCAAGGACAGCUACCCGACAGUCAACUCGGCCAAGCUCCCCGACCCGUUCACGAACGCGGCGGGCACCAAGAUCACGACCAAGGCCGACUUCGAGUGCCGCCGGGCCGAGAUUAGCAAGAUCAUGCAGCAGUACGAGCUCGGCGAGUACCCGCCGGCGCCGGACAAGGUCGAGGCGUCCAUGAGCGGCACCGGCAUCACCGUCAAGGUGACGGUGGGUAGCAAGAGCAUAUCCUUCAGCGCAUCGAUCAGGAAGCCCUCCGGUAGUGGCCCCUUCCCGGCCAUCAUCGGCAUCGGCGGCGCGUCGAUCCCGAUCCCGAGCACCGUGGCUACCAUCACGUUCAACAACGACGAGUUCGGCGCGCAGUCGGGCAGCGGGUCGCGCGGCCGUGGCAAGUUCUAUGACCUCUUUGGCAGCGGCCACUCGGCGGGUUCGCUCACGGCGUGGGCGUGGGGUGUGGACCGGCUCAUUGACGGCCUAGAGCAGGUCGGCGCUUCGUCGGGCAUCGACACCAAGCGGCUCGGCGUGACCGGCUGCUCGCGCAACGGCAAGGGUGCUUUCAUCACGGGCGCCUUCGUCGACCGCAUCGCGCUCACGAUCCCCCAGGAGUCCGGCGCCGGUGGCGCGGCGUGCUGGCGCAUCAGCGACCAGCAGAAGUCGAGCGGUGCCAACAUCCAGACUGCGCAGCAGAUCGUCGGCGAGAACCCGUGGUUCUCCAAGAACUUCGACCCUUACGUCCGGUCGGUCCCCACGAUCCCGCAGGACCACCAUUUCCUGUCGGCCAUGAUCGUGCCGCGCGGCUUGAUCGCCUUCGAGAACAACAUCGACUGGCUCGGCCCCGUGUCGACGACAGGCUGCAUGAAGGCCGGCCGGGCCAUCUACAAGGCCUACGGCGUGCCCAACAACAUGGGCUUCUCGCUCGUUGGUGGGCACAACCACUGUCAGUUCCCGAGCAACCAGAACGCCGAGCUCACCAGCUACAUCAACUACUUCCUGCUCAACAGCGGCACCGCUCCGGGCGCCGUCGAGCGCAGCGACGUCACCGCCGACCUCGCCAGCUGGGCACCCUGGGCCGCCAGCGCCCCGACUCUGUCGUAA